AUGUCUGCAGCAGCAACAACUAGUAGUGAUCGGUGUGAUGGGCCGCUCCUCGAUUUAGUCUUCCCGGCUUUCAUCUCCGCUCACCUCAUCGCCCUUUCGCGCUUCGCCUUCCCGUCGCUCGGCCGAGUAUCAAUCGACGGGUCGCAAGAGAUCUUCAAUGGAAGCAAAAUGUUCAAGCUUUAUGUGAUUCUGGGAACCACCAUAGGGCUUCUGUUGCCGUUGGCCUAUGUGUUGGGUGGGUUUGCAAGGGCCGACGAUAACGCCGUUCAAUCGGCGACACCCCACUUGUUCUUGCUUUCGUUUCAAAUACUAACGGAAAAUGUAAUAAGUGGGCUGUCGUUGUUUUCGCCGCCGGUUAGAGCACUGGUCCCAUUGAUGUAUACCGGCAGAAGAAUCUUUGUUUUACUUGACUGGGUGCAGGAUGCUUGGCUCAACAAAACUCUGACCAAGAAUGCACCAUCCAAGGAUGUUGCAUGGGAAUGGUUCGGGAAGUGGCUGGCUUCUGCAAACCUAAUGUGUUUCUCCAUCAAUAUGCUAUGCUUUUUGAUCCCACAAUUCCUCCCUCGUGCAUUCGAGAGGUAUUUCAGGGACACCCAUGAUCUUCAUCGGAAGAUGUCGGAGGAUAAACGUGCCACUGUGCGACGAUGGAUAGGAAACCGGAUUGACUCCCUCUCGUGUUAUCUGCUGUUGCCGGUCCAAUGCGUUAAAAAACAUUAA